AGCACAUUGCCCUUUCUUGUCUUGCUGCAGACAUGCAACCAACAACAAUGUAUUUCCUGAUUCAUUUUGCAUUCAUCUGUUACCUGCAACUUUCUGAAGCUUUCAUGAGUUACCAAAUACAGUGUUGCACUGAAUAUCGAGACCACAUUCCCAAAAAGGUUUUAAAGAGAGUAGAAACCUACAAAAUCCAGGCUGCCAAUGGAAUAUGUGAUGUGCGUGCUAUAGUGUUGCGCACAAAGCGCAGGACCAUAUGCAUUAAUCCUACAAAUAAGCAAGUCUUGAAAUGGAUCGAGAAGAAAAAGAAAAGUGUGCAAUGCGAGACGAAGUCAACAUGCCGUGGCAAAAAUAAGAAAAACAAAAAAAGAAAGCGAAAAAGAACAAAGUUUUUAAAAGUUUAAAGGGCUCAUCGGGCACUAAUGACUACUGACAUUAGGAUUGACUCUUGCCACCACUUAUGAAGUGGACAUAAUCAACUUGCUUAAAACCUUUUUAGCUAUUACAAAGAAAUGUAGGGGCAGGUAACUGGAUUGAGGAUAUACCGAAGGUUUACUAGAAUAAACUGCAUUUUUAAGGCAUAGCAUUUUAAACAUACAUUUAUCCCUGUGAAUCUAUGAGCAAAAAAUUGGACAGUGAUAUCGCACCUUCGGACUGCAAAAUGUUUUUGUAAAUUACAUUUCCCAUGAUGUUCAGUGGGCAAGCUUUGCAAUUAAAUUGUGAAAAAUGACAUGCAUAUUUUAGAGAAUUUUGUCUACAAGUAUAAACAAGACACUAACAGGUGGUUUUAAGACACUGUCACAGAUAUUCAAGCAAGAUAAAAAAAAAAAAAAAAAGGUUGACAAUUUUCAAAGCUUGUUUUUUGGAAUCGAUUUUCAAUCCUCUCAAGAGUCAGUAAAGAUAAGGUUGAAUGUGAGCAAGUCAGAGGAAAAAGCUGUGUACGCACAAGCCGAAACAACUACAACUAAAACAAGAUAUGCCGGUAGUAAACUAAUAAAGUGAAAUAAUCGCAUAAGUCAGAUUCAGUUAAAGCAUUAAAAGGGCAGACAAUUUGCAAGAAAUACGUGGUUGCCGAGAAUUUUGCUUGAUUUGUGAUUUCUACAUGUGACAUACAUGAGAAUGUGGUUAAACUUGAAAAAGUAAAUGUAACAAGACAAAAACAAUGGGAAGAAAAAUGACACGUGGCAGAAAACUGUAUAGAACAGGGUAGGCAACCUUUUAGAAACAAGUCUUAAAAUCCCUUGGCUGGUUCUAUUUUAUUUAAAUUAAAGUGUGUAUGUCGCCUUAUUCUGCUUAUGUUAUGUGACAGGGCUGCAGUUGCUUUGUAGGAUUCUAUUUGGGCAAAUGUGAGCGGUGUUAUAUGUGUGAGCAGUUAGUGGUAGUGUGUGUUACAUAUAUAUGUGGGCUGUGUAUCAUGUGUGUGAAUGUGUGCUGUCUAUGUAGGACUGCUUGUGGAAUUGUGAGGGUGUCAGAUUGUAUUGUGCGUGUGUGUGUGUGGGGGGGGGGGUGCUUUGGGUACUGCGCGUGUGAGGCUGCUUGUGGUGAUGUGUGCAAGUAUGUGUGUUGUCAGUGGUAUUUUGUUCAUGGUGGCUGUGUGUGUUUGUGUGUGUGCUGUUUGUAGUAUUUGCCUUCUGGGGACUCUUCUUUUGUGGCUGUGUCUGUAUGUCUUGCUAUGUAGGUGGUUUCCUUGGGUUCCAGUGGAGAACAGGUUGGCCAGGUACAGGUCAAGUGCAGGGGCUACAUUAACAGCUGAGGGCUGCUCUUAUCCAGUGCGGAAUCCCCUUUACAAGCAGUGGGAGGAAGUGAUCACUACCUCCGCGUGCUGCAAUGACUAAAUUGAGGACUGCACCUCAUCAACUGCUGCAAUCACUGCUUGGCCAAACAUUCAGCUGAACCAGCAGAUAUCUGAAGAAGUCCCACUGGGGCCACUGAUAGGCCAGCUCUAGGUGAGAUCCUAAGAUAUCCUCAUCCUGUUUGGAUCUGGCAGCCUUGCUUGCCAUUUAAAGCUAAAUUGACCACAUGCAUGGCACACGUGCCAUAGGUUGCUGGACCCUGGUAUAAUGCAUCC